AUUUCUCAAAAAUUAAGUAAUCGAACGGUAUAUAUAAAUCUCUCUAAGAUGGCUGGGAGUAACCAGCGCACCGGCUGGCCACAUCGCAUGAAGAGCUUUCAGUCCAAGCAGGCGGACAUCAAUUGGCUAAUCAUGAAAUAUCUAGUGGCAGAAGGCUAUUUGGAUGUGGCCCAGGGCUUCGAGGCUGUGGCGCGACUCGAAUCGGAGACGACACAGCUGGACCCAGUGGAAUAUCAGAAGCGCAUCAAGAACGCUGUGCGCACCGCUCAGGUUCAAUAUGCCAUCGACAUGGCCAAGCGGCUGUACCCGAAACUAUUUGAGAGCGAGAACUACAUGUACUUUCACAUGCAGCAGCUGCACCUCAUUGAGCUAAUACGCGAGAGCAACAACUAUAAGAACAGCGUCUCCAGUAAGACGAACAUAGAACUAGACAUGGAACGGACCGCACAGCGCUCCGUUGAGGAGAAACGUGAGCUCGACUCGGCUCUGCGCAGAGGCGGUCAUACUGCGUGCAUGGAGCCCAAAAUGAUGUUCCUGGUGAAGCUAAUACUCUGGGCACAGCAGAAGCUCAAUAAGGACGGCUGUGCCGUUAGAUGUGAUGGGUUCGAUCUCGAGAUGGAUGACUUCGAGUUCGAGCUGAAGCGGGCUAUGCAAAACAAUUAGAUCAAUCGAUCCAUCGAUCAGACGAACAUCUGAUGUCUACU